AUGUAUCGUUUGCAUCCCUAGUAGGGUGUCGUUAUUUGUUUAUUUUGUAUUAAUUUUGUGUUGCUAAAAUAAAAAGUAGUAAUUUAACGCGGUAUUGUUAAUUUAGAGCUUAUCAUAUAAGGAGUUUCCACUGAUAAGUUAACGUCGCACUGCUUCAGGUCCACACCUGUUCGCGAGCCAGGUCAAGAUGGCUCACUACAAAGGAGCAGCCAGCGAGGCAGGCCGUGCCAUGCACCUCAUGAAGAAGCGCGAGAGAGCCCAGCAGGAGAUCGAGCUCCGCAAGAAGAAGAUCGAGGAAGACCUGAAGAUUUCAAACAUCGAAAACAAGUUUGCAGCACAUUAUGACGCCGUUGAACAGCAGCUCAAGAGCUCGACAAUUGGGUUGGUCACAUUGGACGAGAUGAAAGCCAAGCAAGAAAACAUAGUGAAGGAAAGGGAAAGGAAGUUAGCUCAGAAGCAGUUGGAAAAAGAACAGGAAAAGUUGCGGAUUCUGGAAGCCAAGCAAGCUGAAAAAAAUAGGCAAAAACAGCAAAUUCAGGCGUUGUCCUUCAAUCUUGACGAAGAUGGUGAGGAAGAGGACGAAGAAAGCGAUGCGAGCAACAGCAAAUUGGACGAGGCGGAGGAGGAAAAUAUUUCCGAAUCGGAACUCGAGCCAGCAGAAAAAAAGAUAAAGAAGAUUAGAAAGAAUCCGGAUGUCGACACCAGUUUCCUGCCGGAUCGGGAACGCGAAGAUGAGGAGAACAAGCUACGAGAAGAACUGAGACAGGAGUGGGCUGCCAAACAGUCGUCUCUGAAAGAGGAAGAAAUCGAAAUAACGUUCAGUUACUGGGACGGCUCGGGUCACAGAAGAACAGUGAGGAUGAAAAAAGGGAACUCCAUCUACCAGUUCCUUCAGCGCUGCCUGGAGCUGCUGCGUAAGGAGUUCAGCGAGCUGAAGACGGUCACCGCCGACCAGCUGAUGUACGUCAAGGAGGACCUGAUCCUGCCCCACCACUACACCUUCUACGACUUCAUCGUCACCAAGGCGCGCGGGAAGAGCGGUCCUUUGUUCACGUUUGACGUCCACGACGACGUCCGGAUCGUGAGCGACGCCUCCGUGGAGAAGGAGGACUCGCACGCGGGGAAAGUGCUCCUGCGGAGUUGGUACGAGAGGAACAAGCACAUCUUCCCCGCCAGCCGGUGGGAGCCGUACGACCCGACCAAGAGCUACGACAAGUACACCGUGUCGGACAGGCACAAGAAGUGAUGUCGGGGCCGGCGAGCCGGCUUGCAGGGAGGUUCGGGUCGGGACCUCGAGACCAGUCGGCGUGACGGUGUUUGCAAUCCAAAUAACUAACUGUUCCGUGAAUAUGUUAUUUCACAUUUUGUACGGCAGAACAGUCAUUAUAUGAAACUAGGGAUGUGCAAUUCUUCAAAAUUCGGUUUGGUUCGAUUCCGAUUCAAGUCCUUGUUUGUCGAUUCUAAAUUUCGUUCCAAUUCCUAAGUCUUAUUCUAAUAUUCCAGGGUACUACCUCAGUAAAAACUAGGGAAAAUAACUAUCAUCCCAGUGGUAAACAUGAAAUAAAACCAUACGUGGCUCUCCAUAGAAUGGAGCCUUAAGUCUUUGUAUUCAAUAUAUGAAAAAAGUGUCUUCGUACCAUAAAAAAAUAUAUCAAUGCCUAAGCUGUAUAAAAACUAAAAUUCUAAGUGUAAAAUCGAAAGAAGGGUUUUGAUUUUAUUAUUUUCCAUUUUUUUUCCCGUUAUCUAUUUUCUGGUUAGUAAAAAUUUUUUCAUUUUCUAAAGUGAUAAUAUUAAUUUUUUUUCAACAAAAUACAAUAGCAAUGAUUUAUAAUUUGUUGCUUUACAAUACAUACCUCUAUUUUGUUGCGAGCCUGAAGGUCGCAUAAAAUUUAAGUGUUAGUUCCUCCCAUUGUAGGAACACCCCUGGAUGAAGCAGUCACAUACUAGUGAUGGGUCGUUCCCGGUUCUCGGUUCUCGAUUCUCGGUUCCGCCGGUUCUCAGCAAAUUGACCGGCACCGAGAACCGUGAAUAUAAUGUCGGUGCCGGUAGCACGGAAAGCAUAACAGCUAAACCUUUCCCAGUGAAAAUACAAUAGACUCCCGGUGAAAUGCUGCAGUAUAUCGCAGGCGUACUAACAUACGCACGUCGUUUUAUUGUUUUAUAAACUUGUUAGAUUAUCUACAAGACAAUUUUAAAGCUAUCAAAACGAACUCCUGUCACUGGUAUAUGGCAGAAUCUGCCUUCAAGCAGGAAGAAAAACGAUAACCAAGUAUCUUUGAGGCCCCAGGCUGAUUUAGAAUGCAAAACAAAAACUUCCUAUGUUCUGUCCACUUGCCCUCGCUCCUGUCCACUUGCCCUCGCUCUAAAAACCUUCAAGGCCACAAAACCAGUUAUUUACAUCUCCGUGUCUCACAUUCCUCAUGCGGCACUGUCUGGCUGAGUUUUUCCAUCAUUUCUGUCUCUUUCCCCAAUAUUAUGUUUUUUCCUUCUUAUGCCCUUCUGACAUGCCUGACAGCCUCAGCACUUCCAUCUCAGUCAACCAAAUUUUCCACAGCCACAGAUUUUCAAGCCAAGCGAAACGACCCAAUGACAAUUAUAAUUCCAGUAUCCCUGAGGGUUUAGGUUUUGCAAGGCAAGAGAUACUUUCAUUAUUUCAUGGAUAUAAAUAUUUACUUGCUUUUAUUAAAUACCAUAUUUAUUAAAUAAUUCUUAAAGUUAGCUUCUCUGAAAAUAUUUAGUUGUAAGUAGGGUAGAGUGGAAUUAAUACAUAUUUAAAAAAAUAUAAUUGCAUCUAGUGACUUGAGAAACAACUGUGAUACUUUGGGGCUUGGUGGCUUGUUUGUGGUCUAAUUAUGGUUAAGUGGGGUGCUGAUGAGUCAUGUUAGGGCAUACUGUAUUUUUGGUGUAAUUUGAAAUUGUCCGGAGGUUAACCUAAAACUAAGACCCAAGAACCAAUUUUUAAGAACCGAAACCAAACCAAGAACCGGGAAAAAAGUAGUACCGACACAUCACUAUACUUUGACAAAAUAAUUAAAGAUAUUAAAAUACAAUCUGUACUUCUUUCGUAUUGCUAACCACAGCACAAAGAGCAAUGUAUCACCUUUUUGCCAGACAUUAAUAAUAUUGAUUAUCAGAAAAAAGUAUAUUCAAGAUAUUAAAAUAUUUUCUUACUUAUUUUGUUGCUGUUUUAUAUAUCUAUGGUAUACAGCAUGACAUCCAUUUUAAAAGGAUUUCCUUUUAUUUCCAGUAUUAUUUGAAACACAAAUAUGUAGUGGGUUUGAUUUUCCAAUCAGUGUAAUCUUAGAAAUUGUUUUAGCAAACUGCGAGAAAAUUUGCACUGGUAAUCUGUGUUCCUAACCUGGCAGAGUUCUUUAAAUUUUACGAAUUUAAAUGUUAUCAAUCCAUUUUAUGUAAAAUACAAUUUUUGGGUAAUCGUGGAUUCGAACCGGAACUGAAAAUUGAGGGUAUCCGCACAUCCUUAUUUAUAAAUAUUGUAUUUGACGUUGCAUUCCAUUUGGUCUGUUUUGUGAAAAUAAAUUAACUAUAAUGACCAUUAUUUUAAUGCAUUUUUAAGUGACUUUUUGUAUAAAACUAGUUUAAGUAAUUUUUUUAGUGGUAAAAUUUAGUUGUUUACAUACUUGUACUGGGAAAUGUUUUGCUAGUUGGGUCAAGUGAAAUUGAGAUUAAACACAAAAUUAGAAUAUUUAUUUUCAUGUGUAAAUUCUUAUUCUGCAACUUUUAAAACACCUCAAAAUGUGUUGUAUCUUUUUAUUAGACCAUAUAAUACAAGUAAAAAUAAAUUUAUUCAAUAAUAACUUUAAACUUUUUUUUAUGUGAUGUAUUUUGGGCAUGGUUUGAGUGUUGGUGGUGUUUAAAUUUUUCUUUAAUGUAAAAUUAAAGUAAUUGUUGAAGAAGGAAUAUAUACAGGAAAUUAGGUACAUAUGUAUUAGAUGAGUUUUGGAGUCUUACCUCAAGUGAAACUUUACUGCAAUUUACAUUUUUUUAUUUGUUCUCCCUUAAAAAAAUAUAAAUAUGGAGUUUUGGUGUAUUUGUAAAAACAAGGUUUUUUCAAAACUAACUCUCAUAAUAGCUUUAGAUUUAUAUUGGAAAGAUUUUACUUCGGACAGUCAUGUACAGAAGCUUAAGGUUCUGUCUCACAUGCUGAGUUGGUUAUUUAAUAUGAAAUUACUCCUACCUCAGACACCGACUGACUCAGUGUUCAUAAAUUUGAGUCUUGCCUUGGUUUGGGACUUCACCCGCCACAUGAAUGAGUUGCAUGUUCAAACAUGGCCAUUGGGACCCUGUUGACCAGAAACAUACCGUAUUUAUCCAAAUAUAAUGCAAUGGUUUUUUACCAAAACUGCUAAAAGUAGAGUGGCAUUAUAAACGCAAGAUGCUGGAAGAUGUGAAUUUACAGCGAUAGCAACAGCUUACCGUGUUUUAUGGCAUAAUCGUCGCACAUUUUAUACUAAAAUCAAGUUUGAAAAGUAGGGGCAUGUAAAUGUGUGUUAUACGUUGAUAAAACAGGGUAGUUGAAAAACCAUACGCUCUGGCUCACAACUGCGUCACUUAAGUCACUUUACCAAUUGUAAUUACUGCAUCGUGAACUUCCACUUAGUUUAAAAACUCCACUAUCUGCCUGUGAACUUCCUAACUUAUGCCACUUUAGUCCCCUCGUGUUUACGGCUUUGUGAACCUUGUGGCAUUUGGAAGGCGGGUGUCAGCAGGCAUGACAGAUGAGACAAGAUAACACUUUGUAAUGCGACUACAAGCCAAGACACCCCCUCCCCACUUUUUUUCCCAUUUUUCCUGGUGACCACCGUAUGUCA